CUCCUGUGAACUCUGGACAUCUACCCUCCAUUGAAAUCUUCCAGUUUCAGCUUCAGCUUGAGGUAAAGAAGUGUGAUCAUGAGACCUCUAGGCAUAGUCCUGCUGCUCUCCCUGGCUCUUUGCUGUUUCUUGGACAUUGCACAAGCUGAAGAAGUCCGAAAUGCUAUCUGUUCUACCAAUGUGGGAUGCACCAAAGAAUAUUUGCCUGUCUGUGGCACUGAUGGAAUGACUUAUGGCAAUGAAUGCAUGGUGUGUGAGGAAAAUAAGAAAAGAGGUGUUAAUAUCCAGAUCCGAAAAACAGGGAAGUGCUAAGGAACCAAAAUAUCCUGGGUCCCAGUGAGACAGCAUUCUGGCUGGCCAGCCUGAUUCUUUAAUAAAUGCAUAAGAUUGA